CUGGGGGAGGGGUGAGGAUGGAGGGAGCUUGGGCCGGGAGGCAGUGCGGGCCCGGGCCCGGCAGCCUGGGCUGGGCUGGACGGAAGCGGGGACGGCUGUGGGGACGGCGCUUUUUCCUCUGCCCCGCCCCCUGGGACCACCUCCCCUCACCCCUGCUGUCUGCCGGCCGCGAUCUGGCGGGUGGCCGUUAGUUAGGUUUCCCGAGGCCGUUCCUUGAGGCCUCUUUCUCCGGGGUCGAGGAGAGGCCGUCUCCCUAAGGUCACGGCCGGCCCCAUCUCAGCACCCAGCCCUACGUGUGAGGAAAAGGCCGGUUGGGAUUUCGGGGCUUUCCCGCCAGAGCAGGUUUUCUCUCAGGGGAAAGCUGUUUUCACCGGGAAGCUCCGCUUUUCUGUUAUACCUGCUUCACCUCCCGCCUUCCUUGAGACCUGAAAGAUAUUUCUCGACUACUUCUGCGUGUCACGUAAACAUUUCUCCAACUCUUUUUACUCUGUGGUGUCUCCCCGAGAUGUCAUACCGCUAGUGCCACCACCAGAGAGAAACGUCCGGACCCUCCUGCCCAGGUUAUGAAAAUCCCCUUAACCGCCACCGUUUGCUUACCUGGCUCAUCGCCUUCUGGACUUUGUAUCUUUGCUGAAGUCAGUGAUGUGAAAAUACCUGACAUGGAUGAUACUGCUGAUAGGAUGAGGAUGGAUGCUGGAGAAGUAACUUUAGUGAACCACAACUCCGUAUUCAAAACCCAUCUCCUGUCACAAACAGGUUUUCCAGAGGACCAGCUUUCACUUUCUGACCAUCAGAUUUUACCUUCCAGGCAAGGAAAUUUGGACCGAUCGUAUACUUGUUCUACAAGAAGUGCAGCUUAUCCAAAUUAUUAUUCAGGAUUCUUUGUCAGCAAGAUGAGAUCUCCUCCCCUAAAAAGACACAACCCUUCCUCAGACAGUUUUCUUGGCUCAGGAGACCUAAGAACCUUUGGCCAGAGUGCAAAUGGCCAGUGGAGAAAUUCCACUCCAGCAUCAGGUUCAACUUUACAAAAAUCAAGAAACAGCCGAAGUCUUUACCUCGAAACCCGAAAGACCUCAAGUGGAUUAUCAAACAGUUUUACAGGAAAGUCAAACCAUCACUGUCAUGUGUCUGCAUAUGAAAAAUCUUUUCCUAUUAAGCCUGUUCCAAGUCCAUCUUGGAGUGGUUCAUGUCGUCGAAAUCUUUUGAGCCCCAAGAAAACUCAGAGGCGACACAUUAGUACAGCAGAAGAGACAGUUCAAGAGGAAGAACGAGAGAUUUACAGACAGCUUCUACAGAUGGUCACAGGGAAACAGUUUUCUGUAGCCAAACCCACCACACACUUUCCUUUACACUUGUCUCGGUGUCUUAGUUCCAGUAAGAAUACUUUGAAAGACUCACUGUUUAAAAAUGGAAACUCUUGUGCAACCCAGAUCAUUGGCUCUGAUACUUCAUCAUCCGGAUUGGCCAGCAUUUUAACUGCCCAGGAACAAUUGUCCCACAAUGUGUUUUCCAUAUCAUCUUAUACCCCAGAUGUUGUUGCAUUUGGAUCCAAAGAUUCUGAUCCUCUCCAUCAACCCCAACAUCACCACUCUCUUUCACAUCAGCCAGAUAACUUACCAGCUUCAAAUACACAAUCUGAAGGAUCAGACUCUGUGAUUUUACUCAAAGUGAAAGAUUCCCAGACUCCAACUCCCAGUCCUACUUUUUUCCAGGCAGAGCUGUGGAUCAAAGAAUUGACUAGUGUUUAUGAUUCUCGAGCACGGGAAAGAUUGCGCCAGAUUGAAGAGCAGAAAGCACUGGCAUUACAGCUUCAAAACCAGAGACUGCAGGAACAAGAACAUUCAGUACAUGAUUCAGUAGAAUUGCAUCUUCGUGUGCCUCUUGAAAAGGAGAUUCCUGUCACGAUCGCCCAAGAAACAGGAAAAAAAGGUCAUAAAUUAACGGAGAGCGAAGAUGAAUUUCCUGAAAUCACAGAGGAAAUGGAGAAAGAAAUAAAGAAUGUAUUUCGUAAUGGGAACCAGGAUGAAGUUCUGAGUGAAGCAUUCCGCUUGACCAUUACACGCAAAGAUAUUCAAACUCUAAACCAUCUGAACUGGCUCAAUGAUGAGAUCAUCAAUUUCUACAUGAAUAUGCUGAUGGAGCGAAGUAAAGAGAAGGGAUUGCCAAGCGUGCAUGCAUUUAAUACCUUUUUUUUCACUAAGUUAAAAACGGCUGGUUAUCAAGCAGUGAAACGUUGGACCAAGAAAGUGGAUGUCUUUUCUGUUGACAUUCUUUUGGUGCCCAUUCACCUGGGAGUGCACUGGUGUCUUGCUGUUGUAGACUUUAGAAAGAAGAAUAUUACCUAUUACGACUCCAUGGGUGGGAUAAACAAUGAAGCCUGCAGGAUCCUCUUGCAAUACCUGAAGCAAGAAAGCAUUGACAAGAAAAGGAAAGAGUUUGACACCAAUGGCUGGCAACUCUUCAGCAAGAAAAGCCAGGAAAUUCCACAGCAGAUGAAUGGAAGCGACUGUGGCAUGUUUGCCUGCAAAUAUGCUGACUGCAUUACCAAAGACAGACCAAUCAACUUCACACAGUGCUCAUAAUUACCUGCCUCCCCUAAAAAAAGGAACACUUGAUGGGUGAUAAGCUCUAGAUGCCAGAUAUGAAGCCUUCAGCAGAAACCAGUCUGAACAAUCACUCCUGGACCCUGUACAGAGAAAAUCAGACCAUUCCUGCCCAUUUGAGGAUACAUGGUGCGAGGCACAGAGGCUAGUUCCAUCCCAUUUGUCACCUGGGACCCACCGUUGCUCCCGGCAGCCCUGUUUAGGGUUGAAUGUAAGCGCUUUUCCCUCAUCUGGCCUGGAGACUGUGUAAACUGACUCCUCUGUAUAUGAGGUGCUACAUAUUUCUCUGUGGUAUCAACUUCUCUCUUAUUUUGCCCUUGUAAUUGUGCUAGCCUCUUCUACCCACUGCCCCUAGCAAGAUUAGCCCCAAAGUUUUAGUGUUCUGGGAUAGAAACAGGUUGCCUGGGAAAGCACUGCCAGCAGCCAUAUUCCAUAGUCUGUCCAUCGCCACCUGGUUCUACGUGGCCCAUAAAAGGCUCUAGUGGGUAGAGAGAGAGGGUUCACUUCAGAGCCCCAAUGUUUUUAACGUUUCAGCUUCUGGUCCUUCUCCUGUGCCAUCCCUCCAGCUCUCAAAUAUGUCUUAACCCAGAGUAAGAGAGACAACUGACACUCGGCACUUGUCUUCUCCUUUGCUCCACCUGGAUGGGCCAGGGGGGUUGAGGUAGGGUGGAAUAUGAUGCUUUCAUCCUGGGAGCUCACAUACUCAAGACUUGAGUCAGAAAAGGACGUGAAAUGCUAUCAGGCCCUGUUGUUGACUCAGACUACAUGCUGAGCUCCUGGCAAAGUGGCCAUAUUUCCCUACCCAGGAGCAAUCUGUCCACAGCUUCAAAUUCAUCCUAAAAUUUGGGAAGGGACAAGUAAGGCUCAACCCAACAGCUUUCCUAAUAGCGCAGGCCUUAUUUCACCUGUGCUGAAUCCUAGUAUCUGUCUUUUAAGAGCCCAUAAUUCCUAUUCCCAGCUUUGGGGGUGGGGAGUGACGUAACGUAAGGGUAAAUGGGGUUAUGCUGGUCACCACUAAGAAAAGAGUACUUAGACAUGCAUCCCCUGUGGGAGAGAAAUGGGAAACUAGGAGACUUUUAGCUACAAGAUAAACCUCGAGGAAACCUUAGUGCAGGCUGCCUCUCUGGCCUGUCAGGGAGAGGGUGGGGAGAAUUCCAGUUGGGAGUGGUUGAACCAGAUGUCCAGGGUCUGGUCAAAGUCUAAGAUUCUGAAAUGUUAUUGAGGGUCAUAAUGCUGCUUGGAAUAGGAAUUGGGCAAGGUAGAGAUUCAAAGUCAAGUUUAAGGCCAGUGUUAACACUGGCUUGAUCUUAGAGUUAAGGCGCAGGUCAGUCUUUCCUAAUGGAACAGAUCAUAGCUGCUGACUUUUCUCCAUUCUGAACUGAGGAGUAACCAUCAACUGCUUGACUUCUGGAGAUUGUCCUUCCUUCCUUCGCAGAACUUUAGUGCUGGGAAAGGAAAGUUGUCGCGGAGAGGCACACAAGGAGCCCAGAGUCUUCAACCUGCUGGGCACCCCUCAUCCAAUUUACUCUUACUGCUUUCAAGAAUACACAGCGCACACACACCCAAAUCUCACCUCCUUGAAGCCUUCCCUGAUUACAUUAAAAUCUCUUAUCUGGACAUCUGCAGCGCUUAGAAAAUAAUACAACUCCACAUGGCAUAUGUAUUGUAAUCUGUCCUUUACAUCAAGAAUGGACUGAGACCUGUGUUGCCAGUGAAGGCAGGUGAAUGAUUUGGUGCUUUUUUUCCAGGCCAGGAGUGCAAGCUGCUUCUCUCUGGCCUGCUAGGGAGGAGUAGGGGUGACCGACUAAACAUUUACUUAACCAGCAUUGCAGGAGUCCGGGGUAGAAGGUCCACUCACAUCAGCCUGCAGUGAGGCUGCACCUCCUUUGUGACCCUAAACCUAAUGCCUCACUCUGCCCUUAACACAAGCCCCUUCCUCAGCAGUUUGGCAUGUCCUUCAGGGGUUUCAGUCUCUAUGCAAGGGGCCUAAUCAAAGUAUUUUUUCCCUAACCACACACCUUUCUAUUAUGUACAGUUUUCUUUAUUUUUUUUUAUUUCCAGUGAUGUUGUACAUCCAGUAUGGAUCGUGGGUCCCCUUCUGUCUGCCUUGUCCUUUAAAUGGACUGUUUUACAUGCUGGCUGUGUCUUGUCUAUUAGCCAGAGCUAAGUUCCUAGAGGGCAUUUUCCCCAUCUAAUACUUCUGGGGAGCCUCUUAUACUAGGUGUUUAAUAAGCCUGUGUUUAAGCACUGGGCUUGGGGGCCCUGGAGGGUGGAGUGAAGAGAUGGUUUGACCAUCGGGUGGAAAUGGUUUUGACCAUUUGGUGGAAAUAAAAGCCACCCAUCCUCAAAGACCUUAGAGUCUAACUCAUGUAGGAGGCCAGGCAGAUACCAAGCAAUGGACCUUAUCAAGAAGGCAGACCCAUAGGCAUAUGGUCCAGUUUGGAGGGGCAGAGGUGGAGAUAAGUCAUGGAUGAUGUUGCCUUUAUCUGACUAUCUAUGUGUGACUCUCUCCCUAGUUUUUAAAAGUUGAUUUAUUUUAAAAUAAAUUCUGUGGAUUUUGCUUUCUUGCCUUGACUUGGAAACUCCCUGGUGAAAAAGGACUCGAUGGUGUUUGUCUCUCUGACUGUCUCUCUGUCUCUCUGACUGCUUGUUCUGUCUCUGUCUGUGUCUGUGUCUCCUGAUCCAAGCUGGACCAGUGAUUGGAUCCUCAGUGUGGUCUGGAUUCCGGAGUCCACGCCUUAACCAGGAGUCUGAAUACUGUUCAUUCAUUCAUUUCAUUCCACAUACCUGGAAUUGAAGUCUGAAACACAAAUAACAUGCAAAUCUGUGGCUCCUUGGCACUUUUUAAAACCAGACCUGUCUGUGGAGCCAGCCAGAGAGCCCUCCUGAGCCAAACACACCAGUCGGGACUUCCAACCCACCCUGGAUACCUAACAGCAUCCCUUGUCUCCUUGCCCCCUCCCACACCCCUUUCUCCUCACCACCUAACCUCCAGGAAGUGCUUCCGCUGGUCUACCUGUAAAACAUGCACUCCAAAGAAUAAAACAAGAAAGCACCAACUUCUGAUAAAUCUUCCACUAUCCUGGUGAAACAGUUUUAUCUGUGUUGAGGUGGAAGAGCUGCUCGUCAUCUCCAGGACAUUCUUUUUUUUUUU